AUGACUGAUCACAGCACUGCUAAUGCAUGGGGACUGUUGUACAAUGAACAGCAGAUCCACAAGCUGGAUAAGGUGAACUUGGGACAUUUAGCCAAAAAGGUUCUUUCUAUUUUCCAAGAUGACUGUGCACAGCAAUACCAGGCUGCUCUUUUGGCACAUGGAACCAGAAUGAGGAAGGUGUUUGAAAUGAGGAAGCAUUUGAAGAAACUAAACAGAUCUUUAACUGCCUGCAGUGUGGAGAUAUCAGGAUGCCAGGAUGACCUCUAUAAUGUUUUGGGUGAGCUGCCACAGAGAGUCCUUCAGGAUAAAAUGACAACCGUUCCUUCUUCACAAGGUUACUUAAAGCAGAAACACCAGGCUAUGAUGUUUGGAAUGCAAGAGCUACAGGAACAGAUGAAAUCUGUAGGCAACAAUCUGCAGCUCAACAAUAGCAUCAUCCAGCGGUUGAAUGGUUUUACAUCCACACCAGACUUGUAAGGGAGAAAAUAAUCUUCAGAUCCUGAAACAAUAUUGCAAUGUGGGCAUAUCAGUUUUCAUCCAGCACUUGAAAUCCUCAACAUUUUGUCUCAAAGAUACCAAUGUAUUCUACCUCCCUGCUCUAGCACUUUGAUGUAGUUUUGUUGUACCAUGGGUCUAAUUAAUCUGUAUACUGUAGUCAUAUUUCCUGAGUUUGAGAUUUGACAAAUUUGGAGCAUCCCAGCAAGUGCUGGGAAAAGAGUCAUUUGCAAAUGUCUGCUUGUCCUACAGAUGUCCUACAGGGAGCCCUGCCAAGUUAGCAAGCUGACUUCUCUGCAGUGUUCAUUAUUCAUAAGAACAAAUACAUAUGUCUUUAGUAAGGACAUAGACAUUGAGUUUCUAGGAGCCCAUUUGAUCUCUUCAUUUGCCUCACAGUGGGAAUGCUUUUGGGGUGAUUUGCCUGGACAAAUACAUACAGAAAAGGAAUUGACAAUCCACAUGGAAAGAUAUGCAGGAAAGAUUCUUCAGCAGAAAUGGGCCAGGAUUCUCAUGUACUAAGUACUCUCAUGGAGCAGCAUGCUACGUCUUAC